GAGCAAAUGAACAACGUGACCGAAUUCAUCCUGCUUGGUCUGACACAGAACCCACGUGUACAGGAGCUUCUGUUUGCAGUGUUCACCAUCGUCUACCUUCUCACUGUGGCAGGCAACCUGCUCAUUGUGGUGACCAUCACCACCAGCCCCGCCCUGGGAUCCCCCAUGUAUUUUUUCCUGUGUUUCUUGUCCUUCAUAGAUGGCUGCUGCUCUUCUACCAUGGCCCCCAAAAUGAUAUUGGACUUACUCACCAAAAAGAAAACUAUUUCCUUUGGUGGGUGCAUGACUCAGCUCUUUGCAGAGCACUUUUUUGGAGGAGUUGAAAUCAUCCUGCUCACCGUGAUGGCCUAUGACCGCUACGUGGCCAUCUGCAAGCCCCUGCAUUACAUGAUCAUAAUGAACAGGCGGGUAUGUGGCCUUCUUGUGGUCCUGGCCUGGGCUGGGGGAUUUCUUCACGCUCUCAUUCAAAUUCUCUUUAUACUCUGGUUGCCCUUCUGUGGUCCCAAUGUCAUCGACCACUUCAUCUGUGACCUUUUCCCUCUGCUACAACUGUCCUGCACUGACACUCACAUCUUUGGACUUUUUGUUGCUGCCAACAGUGGGCUGAUGUGUAUGCUGAUUUUUUCAAUUCUCAUUGCAUCUUAUAUCCUCAUCCUGUGCUCCCUAAAAAACCAAAGCACUGAAGGGCAGUGGAAGGCUCUCUCUACCUGUGCCUCUCAUGUCACUGUCGUUGUCCUAUUCUUUGUGCCUUGUAUAUUUGUGUACCUUCGGCCUAUGAUCACCUUCCCCAUUGAUAAAGCAGUAGCUGUAUUUUAUACGAUGAUAACCCCCAUGCUAAACCCAUUAAUCUAUACCCUCAGAAACUCAGAGGUGAAAAAUGCCAUGAGAAAGCUUUGGAGUCAAAGAGUAAUCUUGGAUAAUAAUUCAUGUGCAUAUAGAAGAUAA